AUGCAGCGAAUUGGGUCCACUUUGGCCCGUGCUACUCGGCGGAGUCGCAUUGGAGCCCGAGCCCAAUCCAACGCAGCUCCUGAGAAGAUCGAAGUCUUCAUUGAUGACAAGAAGGUUCUGGUUGAUCCCGGACUCACUAUUCUUCAAGCUUGUGCUCUUGUUGGUGUUGAUAUUCCAAGAUUCUGUUAUCAUGACCGCCUUUCCAUUGCCGGUAACUGCCGUAUGUGUUUGGUUGAAGUCGAGAAAAGCAUGAAGCCUGUUGCUUCCUGUGCCAUGCCAGUCAUGAAGGGAAUGAAAGUGAAAACCAACUCUGAUUUCGUGCGAAAAGCUCGUGAAGGAGUUAUGGAAUUUUUACUCAACAACCACCCUCUUGAUUGCCCAAUUUGUGACCAAGGAGGAGAAUGUGAUUUACAAGAUCAAUCUGUUGCUUUCGGAAGUGAUCGUGGACGUCUUCACUGUGGACACGAUGGAAAACGCGCUGUUGAAGACAAGAAUAUCGGCCCACUUGUAAAAACUGUGAUGACUCGUUGCAUUCAAUGCACAAGAUGUGUUCGUUUCGCGAAUGAAGUAGCUGCUUUCCCAGAUUUCGGAACUACCGGUAGAGGAGUUGAUCUUCAAAUCGGUACUUACGUCGAGAAGUUCUUCCAUUCUGAACUUUCUGGUAACAUCAUCGAUAUUUGCCCAGUAGGAGCUCUCACCAGCAAGCAAUAUGCUUUUACCGCUCGUCCAUGGGAAACUCGUAAGACUGAAAGUGUCGAUGUUAUGGAUGCCACUGGAUCUAACAUAGUUCUUUCUCAUCGCACUGGCGACCUCCUCCGUGUCAUCCCAAAAAUGAACGAUGAUAUCAAUGAGGAAUGGAUUUCUGAUAGAACAAGAUUUGCUAUUGAUGGAUUAAAAACACAACGUCUUCUCACUCCAAUGAUCAAGGAUACUGAUGGAACCCUCAAGCCUGCUACUUGGGAAGAAGCUCUGUUCGUCGUCGCCCAAAGAAUGAGAGAUACUCCUGCUGAACUUAAAGCUGCUGUUGUUGGAGGACUUUCUGAUGUCGAAGCUAUGGUUGCCCUUAAAGAUCUUUUCAAUAAAUUCAACAGUGAAAACCUUUGCACCGAAGAGGAGUUCCCUGUUAGCUCUGGUGGAACUGAUCUCAGAUCGAACUAUGUCAUGAACGAUGCAAUUGUUGGUAUUGAAAACUGUGAUGCUCUUCUUCUCGUUGGAACCAAUCCUCGUUUCGAAGCUCCCGUCCUCAACGCAAGAAUCCGUAAAGCAUAUCUCUACUCUGAUAUUGAAGUUGGUGUGAUUGGAGGAAACACAGACUUGACAUACGAUUUCGAGUUCCUUGGUGAUAAUGCUAAGGCUCUGUCUGAUGUUGCUUCUGGAAAAUCUGAGUUCGCUAAGAAAUUCCUCGCCGCUAAGAACCCAAUGAUCAUUGUUGGAUCUUCUGUCCUUCAAGGAGAGAAGGGAUCUGCCGUUUUGACCGCUGUUCAAGAAUUAGCUGCUAAAGCCCGAUCCGGCAAUGCUUCCUCGAAGGUUGUCAAUGUAUUACAUCAAUGGGCCGGCCAAGUCGGUGCUCUCGACGUUGGUUAUCAGGCUGGAACUGCUGCUCUUCGCAAGAAGCCAGUUAAGUUUUUGUACCUCUUAGGAGCUGAUGAAGGAAAAGUGACAAGAAACAACCUUGAUCCUGGAGCAUUUGUUGUAUACCAAGGACACUCUGGUGAUGCUGGAGCAGAAAUCGCUGAUGUUAUUCUUCCCGGAGCUGCUUACACAGAGAAAGAAGCCACUUUUGUUAAUACUGAAGGAAGAUCACAAAGAACUCUUCCUGCUGUUACACCACCAGGCGAUGCUCGUGAAGAUUGGAAAAUCAUCCGUGCUAUUUCCGAAGUAGCAGGCAAAUCUCUCCCCUACGAUUCUCUCGCAGAUCUUAGGAUGAGAAUGACUGAGAUUGCUCCUCACCUUGUCCGUUACAACGAGAUUGAGCAGCCUGGUUACUUCAAGCAGGCUUUGGAGUUAUCUCAACCAGGACCAGUCGAUGUUUCAGUUGUUCCCAAACAAAAAGAAUUAGCAGACUUCUAUAUCACUAACGUAGUCACCCGUAAUUCAUCCAGCAUGGCUCAAGCUCGCAAAGCUGCUCUCCGAGCGAAGGAGGAUCCAUACAGUGAGGUUCCGGCUCUUCACGCUCAUGCAUAG